GAUUAGCGUCAUCGCACUCUCUGUUGUUCUGUCGUGAUGCUAAGCUUUUAGAAUUAUUUCCGUAAAGUUUUUGAAUCGGUAAGUAAAUACCUGUAAUAGCCUAUUAUCCCCGUAGUCUUGACUACGUUCUGAAGCAAGCAGGAAUAUCUUGAGGAUUAUCAUCUGAAUUGAGAUCUGCUGCUGUGAAGAUGGAGUUUGUUAAAGAAGAGAGUGAAGAAAAUACGAGUGAACCAAAAACCUGGAGAAUAAAACACGAGGAUCCAGAAAUCUGGAGAAUAAAACGCGAGGAACCAGAAACCUGGAGAGUUAAACAGGAGGAACAAGAAGAGUUUAUUGAAGAAAGUGAGGAGAACGAAGAAUUAAAUGAAGUUCAGGAGAAGAAUCAUGCCAAAACUUCAGAAAAACAUUUGAGUUGCUCUCAAACCAAACAGAAAGAUUUAAAGACAAGAGGAGCCAAGAAAUCUUUCACCUGCACUCAGUGUGGAAAGAGUUUGACAUGCAAAUAUAAUCUUGAUGUUCACUUGAGAGUUCAUACAGGAGAGAAACCAUUCACUUGUGAUCAGUGCGGGAAGUGUUUCACACAAUCGUUAAGCCUUAAGGUACAUAUGAAAAUCCACACUGGAGAGAAACCUUUCAAGUGUUCACACUGUGACAAGAGAUUCAGUCUGUCAGGAAGUCUGAAAACACAUGAGAUGAUCCACACUGUAGAGAAAUCUUUCACUUGUGAUCAGCGCGACAAGAGAUUCAGUCGGUCAGGAAACCUGAAUAAACACAAGUUAAUCCACACUGGAGAGAAACCACACACAUGUGGUCAGUGUGGGAAUAGUUUUACAAAAAAAUCUAACCUUUUGACACAUAUGAGAGUUCAUACAGGAGAGAAACUUUUCUUCUGUAAUCUAUGUGGAAGGAGUUUUUCACUUUUAACUCACCUUAAGCAGCACAUGAACACCCACACUGGAGAGAAACCUUUUAAGUGUUCACACUGUGACAAGAGAUUCAGUCAGUCAGGAAACCUGAAGAAACACAAGUUAAUCCACACUGGAGUGAAACCGUACACAUGUGGUCAGUGCGGGAAGAGUUUUACACACAAAGGAAACCUUAUGACACAUAUGAAAGUUCAUACAGGAGAGAAGCUGUUUAUAUGUUAUCAAUGUGGAAAGAGUUUUUCAUUCUUAGCAAACCUUAAGGUACACAUGUACAUCCACACUGGAGAGAAACCUUUUAAGUGUUCACACUGUGACAAGAGAUUCAGUCAUCCAGGAGACCUGAAGAAACAUGAGAGGAUCCACACUGGGGAGAAACCUUUUAAGUGUUCACACUGUGACAAGAGAUUCAGUCAGUCAGCAAACCUGAAGAAACAUGAGAGGAUCCACACUGGAGAGAAACCGUAUUACUGCACUGAAUGUGGGAAGUGUUUCAAUCAAUUAUCUUCUCUACACAGUCAUACAAAAAACAUUCACAAAAAACACAGUAAGUAGAUCAUCUUCAGAUCCAGCACUUUCAGAUCUGAUGCUGCCUUGUCAUCAAACUUGAAACGGUAAUGCAUUAAGCAGGAUCAUCUGGAUUAAUCUGUUUCUAACCAGUCGUUCCGAGUGAUAUGACAAAGAAACAUCUGAAGUUAUCACAGUGAAUCAAGUUAUCACAGUGAAUAAAGUUAAUCUUCAAAACCAGCAGAUGAACUCUGAGAUUCAGUUCAACUCAAAGAUGGAGAUCCUUCCCAAAGAACAAUGUCAAAAUAUUUUAUUAUUGCGUAUCAUUUUGCUGCAUGAUAUUAAUGAUAUCACUGUUUUUUUAUGAGUUUCAUGUUAUGGUCAAUUAUCUUAUAAUGCAUGUGUGUCACUUGUGGUUUGCUUACUCUUUCAUGAAUUAAUGGAGAUUUUCACAAAUUGUUCUUGAUCAGGAAGCUGAAAAAGAGACUAUAACACUUUAAGAGAGACUGAGAUUAUUUUUUUAAAUUGUUCUUUGUUAUUUUUAAAAUGACUGAGUUAUUCUGCUUUAUGUAUUUUGGAAACGCAAAUGCAAGAAAAACUGUCAUGUAGCCUUGUGAUUGCUCCUUCUUUGCUUCUCUUGUAAGUAGGAAUGGAAACCUAAACCCGGUUUUAAAGGAGUCCUGGGACUAAAUUACAAAAGACUGUAGUAAUGAUAAGCUCUAAUGCUAACUGCUCUACUUUUGAUGCUGGGUAUAUUAAAAAAACCACACAAUUUAUUAUUCUUACAUAAACAUUAUCAAGCUAAUUGUUUAUUGUCAAAUGUUUCUACAUGAGAUAAAAUUGAGAAAUUCA